CCAGCCACCCACAGCUCUGCUUUCUGAGAGGCCACACUGACUCACUGGCUCAAGCUGUGAUGCUCAAAGGUCCAUCUUGCCUCCUGGAACAGCUCAACCCAGGGCUCUCCUGAAGUGGCGACCACUCCAGCUGGCAGGGAUAGAAAAUGGUACCAGUCAGGCCAGAACCCUGGGAGCACACAGUCACUGGUGCAGGAUGGAGGAACCCACUCCCGAGCCAGUCUAUGUGGACGUGGACAAGGGGCUGACCUUGGCUUGCUUCGUUUUCCUCUGCCUCUUCCUCAUAGUCAUGAUCAUCCGCUGUGCCAAGGUCAUCAUGGACCCCUAUAGCGCCAUCCCCACGUCCACCUGGGAGGAGCAGCACCUGGAUGACUGAGGCACAAGACAGUGUCUCCCAGUAUGUAUUUUUACAUACUCUGGCCAACAUCCUGCAAGCACUUGGAGGCUGGGAGUGGCUAUGACCACCCAAAGAUAAAGAAAGCUCCCUUUCACCUUACUGGCUCUCACAAGACCACCAGGGGGAAGUGACAGAGUGCUGGAGCCGAGGCAGUCUGGAGAAGCCCAGGGAUAGGAAUG